GCAACCGUUCCCUCAUCUCUGAACAUGUGUCUCAAAAAAAGAAAAAAGAAAAACUCUGAACAUAGAAGCUUCACCUGGAGUCCCACUCCCACGGCACUGCGCCGCCGUCUCCCCGAAGCUCAGGGAUGGAGGGGCGUACCCUACUCCUCGACCAGGCGGCACCCAGCGCGUCCGCCCCUACUGGCCGCUCCGCCUCGCAGGCGACGGGGGACGAGGCCGCGGCUAAAGUCGAAUUAUCAAAAAGGAGCUGUGUCUCAUGCAAUUCAAAGGAUUUACAAGCCAUGUCAGAAGAUUCUGCUAAAACGUUGCUAGAGCAGGUGGCUGGCUGGGAGGUGAAAAAUGAGGGCGACAUUCUGAAAUUGCACAGGGCAUGGAAGGUGAAGAACUUUGCCAAAGGGCUUGAGUUCUUUCAGCUUGUUGCUGCUGUUGCGGAGGAAGAAGGUCACCACCCAGAUCUUCAUCUUGUUGGUUGGAAUAAUGUGAAAAUUGAUGUGUGGACUCACUCAGUCAGGAAAUCCAAUCAACUUAAACAAAGAGGAACGAGCCAUACAAUACGGAGUGAAAAUACCAAGUGGUUUAACAGAUAAUGAUUUCAUCCUUGCUGCAAAGAUCAAUGAACUCAAGCUAGGAGGCCUUUUGAGCAAGAAAAAAGCUACUGCCCAGGAGUAGCUCUCGUUAAUCAAAAGAUAUCCUUUUGUAUUUUGUGAAAAUUGCAUAUGCCGCUCCAAAAGCAGGAUUCGUCCAGUAUAUAUUCUGGGAUAAAUGAUGGUUUGGCGAUGCUAUUGGUUCUUCAUGAGAAGUUCAAGGAGGAUUUCUGAUAUUAUUUUAUUGUUAAUGAGUCAUGCCAGUAAGCUUUCUGUAUUUGUUCGCCGUGAAGAGCAAUGGGGCAUUGCACACUUACCUAUGUAUACUGCUACCUGAUUAUCGUUGGUCUCUUGUAUAAAGGCCUUGCUAUCAUUAUGUAUGGUCCUUCGUCCCCAAUGUGUAGUAUGAACGGUCUUUUGACCUGUGGAAUGUAUUCCUAAUCCUGAUCUAUAGAACUGCCUUUUUGAACUUGA